AUGCGCGGAAGCAGCUCCGAACUCCUGCUGGAGGCGAGCUGCAGCCAGUGCCAGAGCGAUUACGAUCGGGGACAUCAAGGUCGGGACAGCGGCGGCGGCGAGCACGACUUCCACGAGCGGGAGCUACGUCGUCGCAAGCUGUUGGAGCUCGGGUUCGGCGCGUCGCGGCGCCGACCGCCACGGCGUACCUGCCGUCAGCGGUUUAAUUUCUACGCAACAUCGGCGCUGGCCUUCGUCGCCACUUCAGGCGGCGCGGCACUCCUCUUCCUGGUGCCGCUCUACGUCGACCCGGCCAUCAGCACCUUAGCGGCGGACUUCUCGCCGGAGCCGGUGAUCUGCACAACCUCGCGGCGCGAGGACCUUGCUGGUCUCUUCAACUGCACAUGGAGCUCGUGCCGCGAGGGAUGUACCAGUGAUGUGUACAGUUGCACCCACAUAUACGUCACGUACACGCCGUGGAGUAACACCAGUAUGAAGAACGACACCGGCGGUAGAAACAUCACCGCGAAUACCACGACUGAUCUGGGCACCGUCACUGCCGUGUCCUCUCCGGGGGAUGUCGAGGCGGUGCUGCUGGUGAACAUCAAGGGUUGCGGAUAUCCGCCGGUAGUCGAUUGCAAGAACUUCACCCGCGAGUUGGGUUACGAAGGUGCGAAGUUUCCUUGCCAUUAUAGCCGGGUGAACGGUAGCAUAGUGAUGGCGAACUAUAAUCGCGAGGCACAGGUCGCUACCAUCAUGCACUUCUUCGCGGCGCCUUUCGUAGUGACUCUCGCGACCAGCGUCGCGCUGUGUGUGAUGCACUGUGACUGCAGGUGCACGCCACCACCGCGACAUCCGCCGCGCGGCAUGAGAAGAUCCAGGGGCAACGACCUCAGCGACCACUCAAUCAGCAACCGCGUGGACCGUCGUGGACACCCGACGCAUUGCGAGUGUGGCGAAGUGACGAGGCCCUUAUGACGACGCGAGGAGACGGCCGAGAGUGCCCUGGCCACGUCGCAAUCCGACUUCUAGGUCCCGUUCACUCUUCCUACCCUCGACCGUCCUUCCAAUCCCUUGGCUAUAAUUCUCCCUCGUUGAAUUCCGUAUGUUUUCCGGCUGCAUUCUGACCGUCCUCACUCGACACCCUCACACGUGUACAUACGAGCAUUCGCGUUUACACGCAUACGUACGUAAAUACGCAGGCACACACGAACAUAUGGACACAGGUGCAGGAACAAGAAAAUGAUCCUUCGAUCCUCUCGAGGACUCGUCCGCCGACUAUAAAGAGUAGAGGCCCCUGCUGAACGGUUACUGCGCUGUUAGCACAUGGUUACCGCGUGGUUAAUUGGUACAAGGGCGGUUCGCAGCUAGUAUAAUU